AUGCCCGUCUUCACUGAAUACGCUGCUGCGUCACGCGAGCUCCGCGUCCUUCCUUCCUUCGCCCCACCACUGCCACGCCUCACGUCACCACUCGUACCGGCACAAACAGAAAAAUAUGAAGUCGUCAUUGUAGGAGCCGGUCCUGCAGGAUUGAUGCUGAACCUUCUUCUGGCUCGCUAUGGAUUAAGCGAUGAGUCCCUACUCUGCGUGGACUCGAAAGCCUCGACCUUGAAAUCGGGACAGGCGGACGGCCUGCAGCCUCGGACAUUGGAGACAUUGAAGUCCCUCGGCCUGGCAGAUGAGAUCCUCACAGAAGGUUGUCAGAUGUGGCAGGUCGCAUUCUGGAACCCAUCCGAAGACAAAGAAAAAGUCAUUGAGCGAACAUCUCUCGUGCCCGAUGUUGCUGUUCCAGCACGGUACCCCCACGAGGUGACCAUUCACCAGGGACGCAUUGAGCGUAUCCUCGAAACAGAUCUGCUACGCUAUUCCCAGCGAGGUGUCCAGCGAAACACCAAGCUUCUCGACGUCAAGAUCGACGAAGAAGGCGAUGCCGAGUUCCCAGUCAUCGCCGAGAUUGAAACAGAUGGUCAGAGACGUAGCGUGCGAACAAAGCACCUGGUCGGCGCAGACGGGGCACACUCUCAAGUCCGCCGUAACAUGGGACUAAAACUGGAAGGCGAAUCAAGCGAUCACAUCUGGGGUGUCGUCGACUUGGUCGUUGAUACUGAUUUCCCCGACAUCAGGAAGCGAUGCGCAAUCCACUCACCAGCUACAUCGGUCAUGGUCAUUCCACGUGAGCGGAUUGCCACCGGAGACUAUUUGACACGUUUGUAUGUGCAGAUUCCUGGCGAUGUCACUCCCGAGGAUGAUCAGCAGCCGGCAAACGGCACUGGGACACCCCCCAAAUCGGAUGCACGGGAGCGUCGGAGCAAGGUUACUGAGGAGAGCAUUUUCGAAUACGCGGCGGCUGCGUUCAAGCCGUAUUAUAUUCGCCCGAAGAAAGAUGGCGCUGUUGACUGGUGGGCGGCUUAUCAGAUUGGCCAGCGUGUCACAGAUGAAUUCGCUGUUAAGGAUAGUAAAGGUGUCAAUCGAGUCUUCAUUGUCGGAGAUGGCCGGUCAAGGAAUGAACGUGUCAAUGAUGGACUCAUACAACCUAGCCUGGAAGCUUGCCUAUUCCGUCAAUGGACUCACCCCCCUGCCAACGGCAAGGAUACACUCCUGGACACAUACCACCAGGAAAGACAUACUAUCGCACACCAGCUCAUUGACUUCGACAAAGCAUUCUCGUCAAUGUUCUCAGGCAAGAUCGGCGCUGAAGCUGGCGGACUCACUCAUGAUGAAUUCAUUGAGGUGUUCAAUCGUGGCAAUGGUUUCACCAGUGGCUGUGGUGUCGAAUAUCCCGAGAACCUGACAGUCAACCGAAGUCUGCAAGGCGCUGCCAACCCUAUAACAGGCACAGAUUAUAUAUCUGGAAUUCUCCGACCUGGACGCAGACUGUUAAACACACGCUUGGUGCGACACGCCGAUGGGUAUCACCGCGAUUUGCAGGAUGAUUUCACUUCCAUUGGCCGUUUCCGUCUGCUGUGCUUCACCUCCACCGAUCUCUUGGAUCCGAAGGGCGCUUCAGCAAAGGCACUUGCCGAUCUGAGUGGUGUCAUCUCGCGCUUCCCCAAAUAUGUAGUGGAGCAGGUUGUCGUCCACCCCCGUUUGUCGGGCGAUUUCAUGUGGAAUGACCUUCCUCGCGAGAUCAAGAAGCACUCUGAGAUGUCAUUCUACAGCGGAUAUGAGCUUGAUGACGUUUACGGAACUUAUGGUGUUGAUCCUGCCGCUGGUGCUGUGGCUGUUGUCCGCCCUGAUGGAUACAUCGGUACUGUUGUAUCCCUCGGUGAUGUGCAGAAAGCACAAGAAUAUCUGGAGACGCUGGUUCGAACCGUCUGA